AUGUCGGACAACAACGUUCAAGGCUCCCCAGUCUCAUCGGUGACCUCGACUGAUUCACCACCACGGCAGGCGGCCUGCGCGCCCUGCGCAGCAUGCAAGCGGUCGCGGCGCAGGUGCCCGCCGGGCUGUGUGUUUGCGCCCGUCUUCCCGCAGAACCAAUAUCAAAAGUUCAUGAAUGUGCACCGUGUAUAUGGCACCAGCAAUGUGGGGAAGCUGCUGGCUGAGCUGCAGCCCCACCAGAGGGCGGCUGCAGCUGACUCGCUGGCCUAUGAGGCUGAAAUGCGCCUGCGCAACCCUGCGUUUGGCAGCCUUGGCAUCAUCACUCUUCUUCGGCAGCAUCUCCGGGGACUGCAGCUUCAACUCGAAGCCGCUAAGGCGGAGCUGUCUCGUUAUCAAUCUAUGAGCAACAGAGGGCUCAGGUAUGGGGUGGUUCGCGGCGGUGGCGGCGGAGGUGGGAGGCAGGGGUUAGCGCAGGGGGUGAUAAAAGAUGAUGCUCAUGAGGAUCGGGAACGAAAACCUAUGGUGAUGGGGCACAACGGUCAGUCUGUGAUGGCUGCCAUGCAGCAAGGAACAGACAUGAAUGCAUCAGCCAUGAGGAACAAGCCAUAUAGUGGGCAGUUUGCAGGGUCUAGUGGUGCUUGGGGCGAUGGGAACCACGGCACCAACCGCUUAUUGGGUAGCUAG